AUGGCCAGCAUCGACACAUUCAAUCACAUCGAUCCAGCCUUGCGAGGCUCUAACCUGAGCAGUCCUCCUAAACCUCGCGACUCUCAGCAGCACUACCACAAUCCUGCUCCUGGUGCCUAUUCUCCUCUGCAACCGUCUCUUCAGCCAUCGCCCAACAACUCGUACCAAUCCAUCCAGACUCCCAACUACUACCCCACCACUUCACAUACGCAGGAAAGUCCUGAUGACCAAAGCCCGUCCGGUAAUCCCAAUGACCCUAAUGACAUUAAAAGACCGCGCGCCUGUGAAGCGUGUCGACAGCUCAAGGUGAAAUGCGAACCCGACGACAACCAUCCCACGGGAUCCUGCAAGAGAUGUGCAAAGGCAAACAGACAAUGCAUCGUCACCGCUCCCAGUCGGAAGAGGCAGAAGAAGACAGACAGCCGAGUCGCCGAGUUGGAAAAGAAAAUCGAUGCUCUCACGGCCACUUUGGCGGCAAGAGGAGGAGCUGAGCCCGAUGUUGGUGCUGACCCAACCAUACCAGUGUCACACCCUGCCUCGCAGGAUGCCCGCGUACACACAUUUGGAGGUCAAUGGCACCAACCUCCACCGCCGCAGCCGCCGCAACCACCGCCGCCGUCGUCAGGGAACGCACAUUCCCCGCAACAAGGGGUCAAGAGGAAGAUUACAAGUGACUACGAGUACUUUGGGGGAGAGCUACAUAAAUCCUCCGCUCCGUCAUUCAAGCCCCCGAUAGGUCACGCCAAUACCUAUCAACCUGUUCUGGAACAUACAACCAAGGCUGAUGAACCGACAAGUGUGGAUCCGAUCGAACGCGGUCUCAUCGACAUCACUACCGCUAGGAAAUGCUUCGAUCGUUAUAUGGCAGAAAUGUGCGAGCAUCUGCCGAUAGUUGUGUUUCCACACGGUACCCACGCCGAUGAAAUUCGCAAAAAUAGACCCAUCCUCUUCCUUGCUGUCCUUGCUGUCGCUUCGGGUACCGUACGACCAGAUCUUCAACCUGGCCUGAUUUUGGAGAUCACAAGGGUGCUCGCCGACAAGGUCAUUAUCCGGGGAGAAAAGUCGCUGGAGUUGGUCCAAACCAUUCAAGUCACGACUUGCUUCUAUCAGCCUCCAGAAAAAUACGAAGAGCUCAACUUCAACCAGCUGAUCCACAUUGCUGCUGUCAUGGCUCUGGACCUGGGCAUGGGUAAACGAUCGAGGCGCGGUGGGGGAAGCAUAUGGCGACCGUAUCAUGAGAACAAGAGACCGCUGUCGGAUCCAAAUAGUGUGGAGGUGCGACGAUGCUGGCUGGGUUGCUAUUAUAUGUGUUCCAAUUCGUCCAUGUCUCUCCGACGGCCGCUACUCAUCCGCUGGAGUCCUUACGCCGACGAGUGUAUUGAUAUCCUCACCUCUUCGCCGGACGCGCAUCCUUCGGACAAGUACUUUUGUCAUCUCGUGCGUGGACAACACAUCGCUGAAGAUAUCGGGUUUCAAUUCUCCAUGGACGACCCGGCCUCGCCGUUGUCGUUGACCGACCCUCAAACCCAAUACCAUCUAAAAACAUUCGAGCGCCAACUGGUCGAGUGGCAACACGCCACCACUCAAGAAAUGAUCAAGAAGCCCAUCAUCCAACACACUGAAGGAAUUCUCAAUCUGUAUAUGCACGAAAUCGCCAUGCACCACAACCAUAAUAUUGACGACUUUCGACCUCCCUACAUCUCCACCCCGAUUGAUGGCCCUCCGGACCCGGAUAAUGUCACGCCAGCUCAUAUAGAAGCCCUCACCACCUGCAUCAACUCGGCACAUUCGGCGUUCGACGCCUUCUUGGCCAUGGACGUCCCCGCUCUGCGGGCUCUACCGACCCUUUUCUUUGUUCGGAACUCUUACGCGGCCGUCGCUUUGAUCAAGAUGUAUUCCGCUGUGUCGGCCAAGGGUUCUAAAUUCAACAUCAUCUUUAAGAACAAAGAUUUGAAGGUGGAAUACUAUCUGGACCGAAUGAUAGAGGCGCUCAGCAAGGCUUGCGAAGGAGGGAUGUCCCGCGUGGCGCACAAGUUCACAUUAAUUUUUAAUAUGCUCAAGAGCUGGCACAUGAAGAGAAUAGACUCGGUGAAUAAUGGAAGUGGGCCAGUCUCAAGACAGAGGACACCAGCAAACGGAAUCAUCAACGCUCGCGCUGGGAACAACUUGUCACAGUCGCAACAGCCGCCAAACACAUACAAGGCUGUUCCACCUCAGCAGGAUCCGACAAAUUUGGCAUGGAAUUCACAACACCGCGGUUCUGUUGAUGGAGGUGUUCCACAGCCUCACCAGCAGCAACAAGGUCCGCCACGGAGUGGCCUGCAGAUGCUCUCCGAGGCAGCUAUGGGCCCAGCUCCUGGACCUGGCCCUGUAAUGCCUCAACCUCAACCCGCACCACAACAGCAGUGGUCUCAUACCAUCAUGAAUAACCCGGCUCAACCCAACAGCAUGCUGCCUGGCAUCAAUCAGAUGUCUGCUGGUUAUGAUCAAGCGGCACCUAUGAUGCCGUAUAUGAUGCCCGGACCUGGAGGAGACAUGAUUCCCAUGGAUUUUACGAAUGACGAGCUUAUGGCGUUUGGAUUCGGAGACGAGUUCCUUGCAAUGAACUUUGGCUUUGAGACGAGUGGGUGGCCACUCUGA